AUGGAAUACCUACAGAAGUGCUUUUACAAAACCACCAAUUGGAAUGAGGAUAACAUAUUUUCCAAUGUCACAGCAACCUCCGACGCUCUACUCAAUUUCCCCAUACCCAAUGGCUUGAAGUUGGACUCUUCAUCAAAGUCAACUGACUACCUGGCUUCCUCGUUUACGCUAUCAAAUUUCCGCCAAAUAAAUGGCUCCCUAGCCUAUUUGUACUCUCUGACUCCAUUGAUCAACACAAUGGGUACAAAGGAUAUAUCUUUGCAAGAUGCAAUAGCAGGAUUCAGAAUAAUAGAACCCACAAUGAUGCCAAAUUAUGCACAAGAUGAGACAGAUUUGACCAACACCCCCAAUAAAAAACCCAUGCUACUAUACGGGCGUAUGUACUUCCCUGGUUCAGCGUUGGAGGCCAUGAUUAUCAAAAGACUUAGCGAAAACACCCAGUUUUUGAUCAAAUGUGUAAGCCAUCCACAAUUGGAGAAAAAUGGAACUGUCAUUGUUUAUUUGCAAAAUAAUACUGCAAAGUACCUGAGAGAGCUCAUUUACUCAACCAAUGAAUCCUUGAUUGGAGUGAGGUGCCUAUACAACUGGGGCACCGCGAUAUCCAAAUCCAUCAAUCCGCAUCUAGUACCAAAGUUUGAAAAUUCAGUGGUCUCGCUAGGGACAGAGUUGUGGUUUGCAGCGAGAUCUAUGAGUCCUGGGCUUUCCACCGCAUUAAGAUAUUCGACAAGAUCAACAUCCACUGGGAAACCACUUACAAUGACGUUGGCAGUUAAUCCAAUUUUGGGCCAUGUGUCUCUGACAUACACAGUGAAGACAUCGGUUGCGUCCACAUUUUGCUCCAAAUAUGACUUCAACUUCUUCUCCUAUGCUAGCAAUUUAUCCCUUGGGUUCGAGUUGUACAGCUACGCACAGAGAAAAACCCCAACCCCACCUGCCAUUUUGAAUACUGUUGAAGAAGAAGAUUCAACAUCUCAUUUAAGACAUAACAUGGAUGGUAGCCGACGGAUAAGAAAAGGCUCAUACAAUCUGCGCAACAGGGCGCAUUUCGACACGCACACAAGGGACUAUCACACUCAUGAACCACUUCAACACAAAACCACAAGCAGUACGCCUACCCACAAUAGUGUAGUGGUGACUACAGCAUUCCAGAACUUGGUGAAUGAGAGUGAUUUUUCGAGCGUUUUGAAGGUGUCUACAAGCUUACGAGACAACAGCGUCAGAUUGUUGUGGGAAGGUCGGUUGAGAGAUUUUUUGAUCAGUGCUGGAACUAGAGUAUCAUGGAACCCAGUAACAAAUACCCCCGAAGUGAAUAAGCUAGGUAUCACGUUAUCAUCAAACUAUGGUUUGAAAACCGCAUUACCUUCAAAGAUUGGGAAGUCACAUAUUUCAUUCAACGAUGUGGACAACUACAAAGGCAUGCCUGAUGUCGAGAAAAACUCCGGACACCAUUAUACUCAGUUGAUGUUUCAAGAGUUGGGAAUGCCAUUGAGAACCCACUUCACAUCUCAAAACCCAUUAUUCCCACACCCUUCUAACAAGAGCAGCAAAACACAAAGAGAAGGAAGCUUGACCAAUCUUUUGAAUUUGAAUACCAGAGCAAACACAGAGUCAGUGGUAAAGGUUCUCAAUAAUAAUCCAAAAUUGUAUCAAAAUUUUAGACAUUAUGUUGCAAAAAACCACCCAAAGGUUUUGCUCACCACCACUCCCCAGUCUGAGAUUAUAGCGUUGGUAAAAGACUUUUUAAGGAAUUCACAACAAGUUUCAAAGAAAGAAAAUACCGUGCACGAUAGAUCGAGAGACAACACUUACAAUAUUCAAGGUACAGGUGGGUUUUCCUACAAUCAAAGAGGACGACUUCAAAAUACUCCCAACGGUAUCAGAAAUAACACAGUUACAACUGGUAGAAUUGUGGGAACGAAAGAAGCCGCAAUCGGAGGAUUCGUUGCCAAUGUAAUUGAUCGUUCUAUUGCCUUGCAAACCAAUUACGCUAAAAACUACCCUGGAAAACAACCCAGACAAUUCACCAUGCCUUUCAAGAUUAACGAGGCCGAAUUAUCCGAGGAUGGUUCUGUACGAUUAUUUGCUGAGGGUAUCAAGACUGGGAAAUGGUCUGAUGCUGAUGAGAGAUAUCCUACAUCUGGUUCUUCAUUUGCCAACUCAUCGGAAAGAGUUAAAGCCGACGACGAAAGCUUGGAAAGUUUGCUCAAUUUGAUCCUUCCUUCCAAGUAA